CUUUGGAACCAACCUUCUGGGAGACCAGAUUCGAUUCAUAUUUUUGCUCCUUUUUUUAGGGCCUCAUUUGAACUAUCCGCCUUCCCUUCCCUUUCCCUCCGACUCCGAACUGUGUAUUGUACAAACAUGCUUUAGCUGACAUCACUGGGCAUCCCCAGGCAUCCAAAUGUCAACUACCCCCCAUCAUUCUUCACACGCAACAACCUAGGUUGACUCCUUUUGAAUGGCUUUCAAGAAACUCUAAAUCCAUGGUCAGAUCUCGACCAGCAAACAAACCCAUCUUUGAUACGGGCAGAUAGCAUUUUCGCCAAUGUCUGCUCCGUCAAUACCCAACCUUCUUUCUUUACGCGGCACGGGACACGGAAGGGGCCGGGGCCGGGGCCGGGGUGGUGGCCCAAGCCGGAGCGGCAUCCCCGCAUCAGGGCCAGGGUCCGGAUUGGCAGCAAGCCAGCAUGACGCCACCAUUCAGGGCACCGAUACAGAUGCGGCCGUGUCCCGUCUAAGCGCCGUCGAGCUCGGCUACUUGGAUGACCCUUUCGCCCGCCUUUUCGUGCAGGCCCCACCCCCAGGUCCCGGCGGCCGGCGGCUCCCCAUCAUCAACAGGGGCACCUACACGCGCACCACCGCCAUCGACGCCCUCGUCGACCGCUUCCUAGCCACCACCAACCCAGAAGAGGUGCGGCAGAUCGUCUCGCUCGGCGCCGGCACCGACACGCGCUGUUUCCGCCUGUUCUCAUCGCAGCACCGCAAUGUCGCGUACCACGAGAUCGACUUCCCGGCCAUCACCGCCCGCAAGCAGGCCAUCAUCCGCUCAUCGCCGCAGCUGCAGGCUCUUCUCUCAGCCCCGGAACCCCUGAGCCCGACAACCUGGCAGUCCCGUGCCGUGAACCCAGACUCAAACAACACCCUCACCCUGCAUGGCUUAGACCUCAGGCACUUCCCCCUUUCGCCCCCUUCCGAGUCUCAGGCGUAUCAGCACCCACUACCAACCUUCAACCCCUUUGCCCCAACCCUCGUCCUGUCCGAAUGCUGCCUCUGCUACCUGGCCCCCGCCACCGCCUCGUCCAUCCUCGAGUUCUUCACCACCACAGCUACUCCCACUAGUACUACCACCUCUUCACCCUCACCAUCGCCGCCAUCACUAGGCGUGGUAAUCUACGAACCCAUCCAACCACACGACGCGUUCGGGCGCAUGAUGGUCUCCAACCUAGCAGCGCGGGGGAUCAGCAUGCCGACGCUCGAAGCCUACCCGACGGAAGCCGACCAGCAAGCUCGGCUUCGCGGGGCCGGGUUUGACGAGGUGCGGUGCCGGACGGUGGACAGCAUUUGGGACAAAUGGGUGAGUGCGCGCGAGAAGGAGAGGGUUGAUAGGUUGGAGGGGGGGCUGGACGAGGUUGAGGAGUGGCGGUUGUUGGCCGGGCAUUACGUGGUUGCUUGGGGUUGGAGGACGGGUGGAGGCGGUGGUGGGAUGGACUUGGAGGUGGAUGGGCAGGGG